ACUACCACGGCACGGUGUCCCGUUUCGUUCGCACGGUUUCGCCCUCGUCUGUCUCGCUUCCGUUUUGGUUGGCCUCGCGCUGCGGUGCCGCCGGCGACCUGGUCCGCUGUCUUGCUUCCCCUCAGCCCCCGGUGAACCCACCCGCCUCACAGAAUGGAGACCUGCCCUUCGGUGAAGAACAUCCUCUUGCUGGACUCCGAGGGGAAGCGCGUCGCCGUGAAGUACUACAGCGAUGAUUGGCCCACGCUCUCAGCGAAGCUGGCCUUCGAGAAGUCGGUCUUCGCGAAGACCCAGAAAGCUAAUGCUGGAACUGAAGCUGAGAUUGUAAUGUUUGACGGUCAAAUUGUUGUGUAUAAGUUCAUCCAAGACCUGCAUUUUUUUGUUACUGGAGGAGAAGACGAUAACGAGCUUAUUUUAGCAUCAGUUCUUCAGGGAUUCUCUGAUGCUGUUGACCAGCUUCUCAGAAACAUUGUCGACAAAAGAACGGCACUUGAAAAUCUGGAUCUGAUCCUAUUGUGUCUUGACGAAAUUGUUGAUGGAGGGAUUGUACUAGAAACAGAAGGAAGCGUGAUAGCUGAAAAGGUGUCAGCUCAUGGAAUGGAGGGUGGUACAUCAAUAGCUGAGCAGACUUUAGUUCAAGCCCUAACGACGGCAAGAGAGCACUUGGCCAAGUCUCUUCUCAUGUGAUGUUGUGCUUUGCUUUUGGGGCUGAAGAUGGAGUAUCAUCCUAUUAUUAUGUGUCAAGAAUAAUACAUUCUUUUCAUUAGUAAUGGAGAAAGAUAAUAUGUGAAAUCUAUGAAUGUGUAGAAUGAUACGUUGCUUCCAACGCUCUCUGGUUCUUCACUUUUGCAAGUCAUCGAAGUUUUGUAAUAUGAUUGUUCAAAUUUUUUUAUUGGUUCAGUUCUUA